AUGGCGCUCCGUCUAUCCGCAAACCAUCUCCACCCCUCAGAGUCCGGGUCAGAGUCAGACGGGCACUCCAGCUCGUCGCAGGAAGAAGAUGAAGACCUCACCUGGGAGGACUGGGUGUCCGACUCGGUGGACAACCGCCCGUGCAGGUCGCUCUUCGACCAGGACAAGACGUUCACGACCGUCGCGGAGGCGCUCAAUCACGACAGGCUGGUGUACGGGGUCGAUGUGGAGGAUAUCACUGCCCGGCUAUUCCUCGAUUCGUACCAGCGAAUACGCCUGAUCAAUUGGAUACGAAAGGAGAAACCCGCGCCGGCAGAGGUAGUUGCGCUGCGGGGCGAUGAACCCUUCUUGUGUUCUGAUGAGUAUCUCAUUCCAGCACUCGAGGACGAUCCGCUCCUUCAAGUCCAGUCAGGACACUGGUCAGAGGAAGAGUGGGAAGAGGACGUCGAGGCAGUCGGUCCGCCUACAGAUCUGGCCGGCGCGUUACGCAGAAUCGCAGCGCUGGAGAAGAAGCUGCAGCAAGCGAGACAGGACUUGUCGGACUACCGCGAAUUCGUGGGCCAACGUCUCAACCUCGCCGGUAUGUCGGAGGCCCUGAAAGAGCCCGCGGCGUCCUCGAGCACGCGCCUCGCGGUUCCCUUGCGCGACGACGACUCGCACUACUUCCAGAGCUACGCCGAGAAUGAUAUACACGCCGUGAUGAUCCAGGACAAGGUGCGCACGGCGACGUACGCGAAAUUCAUCCAGUCCAGCCCGGAGCUCUUCAAAGAUGCGGUCGUCCUGGACGUCGGGUGCGGCUCGGGUAUACUGUCGCUCUUCGCCGCGCGAGCCGGGGCAAAACGCGUGAUUUCUGUCGAGGCAUCUCACAUAGCGGAGAAAGCGGAGCGGAUCGUGAAGGACAACGGUCUGGAAGAUACGAUCACUGUCGUUCAAGCGAAGGUGGAGGACAUCACUCUUCCGGAUGGGAUCGAGCAGGUGGACGUCAUCAUCUCGGAGUGGAUGGGCUACGCACUCCUGUACGAGUCGAUGCUGGACUCGGUCUUGCGUGCGCGGGACCGCUUCUUGCGCCCUGGGGGUGUCAUGGCGCCGAGCCAAUGUAAGAUGAUGUUUGCUCUGUGCGAGGCUGGCGAGAUAUUCAAAGAGCGUGUAGGAUUCUGGAGCGAUGUAUACGGCUUUGACUUGUCCGCCAUGGGCCGGGACGUCUACGAGGACGCCAUCGUCGAUAUCGUAGGACCAGAGACGAUCUACAGCGAGGCGUACACCAUCAAGGACCUCUACCUCGGAGACGUCAUCUCGAGACAGCUCGACUUCUCGACGCCGUUCACGCUGGUCUCGACGGCGGAGCGGCGCACGAAGAUCCACGCGUUCGUGCUGUACUUUGACGUGUUCUUCACCGCCACGGGCGAGCCGAUCCCGCCGGACACGGACGUGUACCUCGCGCGCGAGGGCGACCCACUCCUCGCGGAGGUGUGGCCGCUCGGCGGGCGGGCGCACACCGCGCGGCGCCUCAGCAUGGGCGAGCCGCUCAAGGGCAAGGGCCGCCCGAAGGUCACGAGCUUCAGCACGGGCCCGGCGUCGGUGUCGACGCACUGGAAGCAGACGCUGUUUUUGCUCCGGGAGCCUAUGACCGUCAGCGAAGGGACGACGGUGCAGGGGACGUUCAAGUGCCGGAAGAGCGCGACGAAUAGCCGGGAGCUGGAUGUCGAGAUUCAUUAUGUUGUCCAGGAGCCGUCCGAGGCUGCUGCGGUUGGCGAUGCGGUGGUGCAGAUGUUCAAGAUCGCCCUCUCCGCAUUCCACCACGUCGUCCUUCCAGCUCUCCAAUCUGUUCGACGUCUCUGGCAAGGUCGUGCAGCUGGUCACCGGUGGCAGCCGGGGGAUCGGCAAAAUGAUCGCGACGGGCUUCGUGUGCAAUGGUGCCAGGGGUCGCGAAGGUGUACGUAUCGGCGCGCUCUGCGCAAGACCGCGACGGAGCUCGACGCGCUGGGCCCGGGGAGGUGCGUCGCCCUCCCCGCGGACCUGCAGGAGCUCGAAGAGGUCGAGCGGCUCGUGCGCGCGCGAAGAGGUGCUGCACGUCCUCGUGAACAACGGGGCUCGACGAUGGACGCGUACCCGGUGGGUUGCUUUGCUCUCUCGCCGGGAGCGGGGCGGAGUCUGAUGGCUGGACGCUGGACGCUGGACGUUUGGCGCACGACGCGGCGUUCACGGAGCUGCUCACGCUCAACACGCAGCGGGUGUUCACGCUCACGCAGACGUGUCUUCCCCUCCUCCGCCCUGCGCGCGGCCGCCGUGUUCAAGCACCCGGCGCGGAUUUAUCAACGUGGGUGCGCAAAACACGCUCGGCGCCGCUUUUUUCUGAUUCAGCUCGUGUGCGUUGGGUCCGUCAACGGACUGUGGGUCACCAGGCUGGAGACGUACGCGUACUCCGCGCUGCACCACCCGAGCUGGCACUUCGCCGGUCGCGGCUCGGGCUGGGGAGGGCAUCACGCGCAACACCAUCGCGUGCGCUCAGCCCUUCCUUGCGUCCCGUCUUCGCAUCCCGCUGCUGCUCGUCCCCCUUCGUUCAGGCGCGUUCGAGAGCAAGAUGAUGGCGCACACGCCGGCGAGCUGAUCAAGCGCUCCACGCCCCUCCAGCGCAUCGGCGCGCCCGAGGACGUCGCGGGCGCCGCGCUGUUCCUCGCCAGCCGCGCUGGACGGCGGGUCGCCGGUCGCGAUGCGGGACAUGCGGGCGAUCUACGCGCCCCCAAGCUUCAGGCUCCGGCGCGGGGGGCGACGUCCCCCAUCUACGGGUGUGUAUAG